AUGGCUGAAACUGAAGAUAAAAGAAAAUAUAAUGGUAAACAUUUAACCAAAAAGGCAAGAGAAGAAAGAGAACAUGAUGAUAAAGUUUCUGAUAAAGAUGAUAAAAAGGAAAGAAAGAAACAAUUAGAAAAAGGUCAUGAUGAAGCAACUGCUGAAAUUGAUGAUAGACAAGAAAAAGAAGAUUUAAAAGUUGAUAAUGAAUUAUUAGAAAAAACAUUUGGAAAACCUGAUUCAGAUGGUAAAAGAUCAAAAUCAAAAGCAACUGGAGAAGAACCAGAUAAAAAGAAAAAGAAAAGAAGAAAUUAUGAUGAUGAUGAAAAAGAUAAAAAAGAUGCUAAAAAAGAUGAUGAGGAAGAAGAGGAAGAUGAUGAUGAAGAUGAAGAUGAUGAAGAUGAUGAAGAAGAAGAAGAUUAUGAUGAAUCAAAAGCUGAUGAAGAAAAUGGUGAUGAAGAUGCAGAUCCAUUAGUUGAAAUUGAUGAAAGUAAUAUUUUAAAAGAUGGUAAAAGAACAAGAGGUAAAAAAAUUGAUUUUAAUGAAACUGCUGAAAAAUUAGAUAAAGAAAAUGGUAUAUUACAAGAAGAUGGUGAUAAGGAUGGUGAUGAAGUACCUGCUGAAAAAGAUGUUGCUGGUGAUGAAAAUUUAGAUGAUGAUGAAGAAGAUUAUGAAGAAGGUCAAGAAGCUUAUGAAGAAGAAGAAACUGAAGCUGUUGAAGUUUAA